GAGAGCCCGGCCGGAGAAGUCUAGCAAAGAGGACCGCUGGGCAUCCCUUCUGGAGAAGGAUGGAGGCUGUGGUUGAACACAGCGAAAUGUAGCGCCUCACUGCCCUCAAAGCUGGAUUUGUGGACCUGCCCUGCUGCUGUCUACUCAUGAUUUCUUCGUAGUCUAGUCCUGGGUGUCUUCUGCAGCCAUGUUUAGGAACAGUUUGAAGAUGCUGCUGACGGGGGGCAAGGCCAACCGCAAGAGUCGCAGCAGCGAUGGUGGGAGUGAGGACCUCGCAGACCCCCGCUCGCCCAGUCUAGAUCCUCACCUGAUCCACGGCGGCCAAGGUGGCAGCAUAGACAGUGACUGUGCCUUUGAGGGAGACUACGCUGUGCCCCUGCUCUCCAUGACUGAGGGCAUGCAGCACAUCCGCAUCAUGGAGGGCGUGUCACGCUCACUGCCUUCCUCCCCACUGCUCACCCACCAAACCAUAAGCGUCCGGCUGCAGCCCGUCAAGAAGCUCACAGCCCCUCUGCGGAAAGCUAAGUUUGUGGAGAGCCCUCGCAUUCCACAAUCAGAGCUUGGCUCCCCUACACACACCUCCACCACUGCCAAGAAUCCUGACCUGGACACAUACUGCCCCGGGGAGUCUAGCCAGGAGCUGGGCCCCCCUCCGUCGGUGGAUGAGGCAGCCAACACAUUGAUGACGCGUUUGGGCUUCCUUCUGGGAGACAAAGUGAGUGAGGGGCCAGCCGGUACCCAGUACAGCAUGGAGGAACCCGAGGAAAGACAGGGACAGAACCAGAGGAUCAGUCCAUGCUCCACCCUUACCAGCAGCACUGCCUCCCCCCCUGCAGGAAGCCCCUGCUCCACCCUGCCCCCUAACAUGCCCGGCCAGGCCUGCAGCAAGGACUGUGCGUACGGCUCAGUCACCAGUCCCACAUCAACCCUGGAGAGCAGAGACAGUGGGAUCAUUGCCACCCUGACCAGCUACUCUGAGAACAUGGAGAGAGGAGGCAAAUACGGCGAGGGCUCCCGUGGGAACCCAAAGCUGUGGCAGUCACAGAAAUCAGGCAUGGACUCGUUCUUGUACCGGGUGGAUGAGAACAUGGCUGCCUCCACCUACAGUCUCAACAAAAUCCCUGAACGAAACCUGGAGAGCAUGUCCUCCCACUCUGCCCACUCCAUUCCCCUGUACCUCAUGCCCCGUCCUAACUCUGUGGCCGCUACCAGUUCAGCCCACCUAGAGGACCUUGCAUAUCUGGAUGAGCAGCGACACACUCCACUGCGCACCUCACUGCGCAUGCCCAAGCAGAGCACCACCUGUGGGCCAGGCCGCUCCGGGCAGGACCUGAGGGUGCGUUUUGCACCCUAUCGACCUCAAGACAUCGCUCUCAAACCCUUGCUGUUUGAAGUGCCCAGCAUCACUAUGGAUUCUGUCUUCACCGGCCGCGACUGGCUGUUUCAGGAGAUUGACGCCCACCUCAAUAGCUCCAACGCCAGCACUAACCGGGGCAUAGUGGUGGUGGGCAACAUCGGCUUCGGCAAGACGGCCAUCAUCUCUCGCCUGGUGGCACUUAGCUGCCACGGCACACGGAUGAGGCAGAUUGCCUCUGACAGCCCCCAGGCCUCACCCAAACAUGGGGAGGGGCUCCCUCUCACUCAACCCCAGCCCUCUCAUGGGACCCUGGGAGGAGGAAGCUGUCCCGGUACCCCCGAGAUGAGGCGACGCCAGGAGGAAGCCAUGAGAAGGCUGGCAUCUCAGGUGGUGGCGUACCACUACUGCCAGGCAGAUAAUGCUUACACCUGUUUGGUCCCGGAGUUUGUUCACAAUGUGGCGGCCCUGCUAUGUCGCUCGCCCCACCUUGUGGCCUACAGGGAGAUGCUGCUGAGGGAGCCACACCUACAGAGCAUGCUCAGUUUGCGCUCUUGUGUCCAGGACCCCCUGGCCUCAUUCAGGAGAGGGGUCCUAGAGCCUCUGGAUGCACUUUACAAAGAGAGGAAGAUCAGCUCUGAGGAGGACCUCAUCAUCCUCAUUGAUGGUCUAAAUGAGGCAGAGUUCCACAAACCAGACUAUGGAGACACCAUCGUCUCUUUCCUCACCAAAACCAUUAACAAGUUCCCUCCCUGGCUCAAACUGGUGGUCACUGUCAGAACCACGUUGCAGGAGAUCACCAAGCUGUUGCCGUUCCACCACAUCUCUCUGGACGGCCUGGAGGAGAACGAUGCCAUCGACCAGGACCUGCAAGGCUACAUCUUACACCGCAUCCACAGCAGCCCGGAGAUCCAAAACAACAUCUCCCUCAAUGGCAAGAUGGACAACACAACCUUUGGCAAGCUCAGCACCCACCUUAAGGCCCUGAGCCAGGGCUCCUAUCUGUACCUCAAGCUCACCUUUGACCUUAUCGAGAAGGGCUACCUAGUCCUCAAAAGCUCAAGCUACAAGGUGGUCCCGGUAAACCUGGCCGAGGUGUACCUGCUGCAGUGCAAUAUGCGCUUCCCUACCCAGUCGUCCUUUGAGCGGGCGCUCCCCCUACUCAAUGUGGCCGUGGCCUCCCUUCACCCACUGACAGAUGAGCAGAUAUAUCAGGCCAUCAAUUCUGGUUCGCUGCAGGGUACACUGGACUGGGAAGACUUCCAGCAGCGCGUGGACAACCUGUCAGUCUUCCUGGUUAAGAGGAGGGAUGGGACCAGGAUGUUUGUCCAUCCCUCCUUCCGGGAGUGGUUGAUCUGGCGGGAGGAGGGCGAGAAGACAAAGUUUCUCUGCGAUCCAAGGAGCGGACACACCCUGCUUGCCUUCUGGUUCUCUCGGCAGGAGAACAAGUUGAAUAGACAACAAACUAUUGAGCUUGGCCAUCACAUCCUCAAAGCACACAUCUUCAAGGGUCUCAGCAAGAAAGUUGGGGUUUCCUCAUCUAUAUUGCAAGGCCUGUGGGUGUCCUACAGCACAGAGGGCCUUUCAACUGCACUUUCUUCACUACGAAACCUCUACACGCCCAACAUCAAGGUGAGCAGACUGUUGAUGCUGGGCGGUGCUAACGUGAACUACCGUACAGAGGUGCUGAACAAUGCCCCGGUGCUGUGUGUCCACUCUCACCUGGGCUACAUGGACAUGGUAGCUCUGCUGCUGGAGUUUGGGGCAUCAGUGGACUCCGCCUCUGAGAGCGGCCUCACGCCGCUCGGCUACGCUGCCUCCGGGGGACACAUGGCCAUCGUAACCGCGCUCUGCCGCAGGAAAGCCAAGGUGGACCACUUGGAUAAGAAUGGCCAGUGCGCCCUGGUGCAUGCAGCUCUGAGGGGCCACAUGGAUGUGGUGAAGUUCCUCAUCCAGUGUGACUGGGGCUUUGGGCUACAACAGCAACAGUCACCACAGACCCAGCAGCAGGCGGCCUUCACCAAGAGUCAUGCCGUCCAGCAGGCCCUCAUCGCUGCAGCCAGCAUGGGCUACACAGAGAUUGUGUCCUACCUGCUGGACCUGCCAGAGAAAGAUGAAGAGGAAGUAGAGCGGGCUCAAAUCAAUAACUUUGACACUCUGUGGGGAGAAACGGCUCUGACCGCUGCCUCCGGGCGUGGGAAGCUGGAGGUGUGUCGCCUGCUUUUGGAGCAGGGGGCGGCGGUGGCCCAGCCCAACAGACGAGGCAUCGUCCCGCUGUUCAGCGCUGUCCGACAGGGACACUGGCAGAUAGUUGACCUGCUACUCACGCACGGGGCAGAUGUCAACCUGGCUGACAAGCAGGGUCGUACCCCUCUAAUGAUGGCCGCCUCAGAAGGACACCUAGGAACUGUGGAGUUCUUACUCGCACAAGGUGCAUCCCUUCCUCUGAUGGAUAAAGAGGGUCUGACAGCUCUGAGCUGGGCUUGUCUGAAAGGCCACCUGCCUGUCGUUCGCUGCUUGGUGGAGAGUGGAGCCGCCACGGAUCAUGCCGACAAGAAUGGACGCACGCCCCUUGAUCUAGCUGCCUUCUAUGGUGACUCUGAGGUGGUCCAGUUCCUGGUUGACCACGGUGCCAUGAUAGAGCAUGUGGACUACAGUGGGAUGCGUCCUCUGGACAGGGCAGUUGGCUGUAGAAACACAUCAGUUGUGGUAGCCUUGCUCAAGAAAGGAGCCAAGAUAGGUCCGGCCACAUGGGCCAUGGCCACCUCCAAACCCGACAUCAUGAUCAUCUUACUCAGCAAACUAAUCGAGGAGGGAGACAGCUUCUACAAGAAAGGGAAGGUGAAGGAGGCAGCUCAGCGAUACCAGUAUGCCCUCAAAAAGUUCCCACGUGAGGGCUUCAGUGAGGACCUCAAGACCUUCAGGGAACUCAAAGUGUCUCUCUUCCUCAACCUGUCCCGAUGUCGGAGGAAAAUGAACGACUUUGGGAUGGCUGAGGAAUUUGCUACUAAGGCGCUUGAACUGAAGCCAAAAUCAUAUGAGGCAUACUAUGCCAGGGCUCGCGCCAAGCGUAGCAGCAGACAGUUCCCUGAGGCCUUAGAGGACCUGAAUGAAGCCAUAAAGCAGUGCCCAAACAACAGGGAGAUCCAGCGGCUACUCCAGAGGGUGGAGGAGGAGUGUCGCCAUCUCAACCAGGAGGAGCACCAGCAACCGGAGCUUGAGCCCCCUCCCUCCCCUCCUCCUACGCCUCCCCCAGAGGAGGAGGAGUCCCUGUCAAUGUCUAUGCCUCUCCCUCCCCCUCCUGAGCCUCGUCUGGAGGACAUGGAGCCCGUCCAGGACCUGUUUGAGGACGAGGACUACCUGGAGCAGGAGCUGGAGGCCAUGUCUAUGGGCCUGCCCCCUCCGGAGUCACUCUCCAACCCAUCCAGCUUGCCCAUCAUCCAGAGCCCGCCGCUCUCCCCCACUCACCCUGACCAGAUCUACUUAUCUGGGGGCUCCCCUAUGGGCCAGCCCUAUGAAUACCACCCCUCCACCUCCUCCAUGUCCUCUCCAACCCAUGGAACCUACCAACCUUCACCCCCCUCCCUUUCCCCAACGCACCAGAACUCCCAUUACCGUCACAGCCCUCCUCACACCUCACCAGUGCAUCAGGCCUCCUACCGCUUCAGCCCCCCUCCCAUGGGUAGUGGGGGACAGGGGAUAGACCACCAAAGCCCGCCGCCUUCCCCACUGCGUCGGGCUGCUCAGUACCGAGCCAGCCCGCCUGUGGAGAGCGUUUGCCUGUACAGGUCCCAGUCUGGCUCUCCUGUGCGUUACCAGACAGAGCAGCUUCCCAGCCGUCCAAAGUCUCCCCUCUCUAAGAUGAGUAGCCAGCGAUCCUUCCAGCUGAGCUCACAGCCCUCCCUGUCCUCCCAGCACCAUCAAGCCCAGGGCCUGCGCCUGCAGCCCUCCAUAGCCCAAAUAGUCCGCACCAACCAGCCCAGCAAUAUGAUGGGCAACAGUGGCUACAGCAGCCAGAUGGGCCACUCCAUCAGUGGCCGCUACCAAGGGGGCUCAGUAGAUGUGGAGAGCCGUCUGGUGUACCAGCCCUCUAUAGAUGGAAGGUCCAUGUCUCAGGUCCAGGCCAGCCUGAGCGCUGGGGCCCUCUGUCAGCACGGGGGCCGAGGAGGGGUCAUGGAGUCAGGCCUGUUGAAGGAUGAGCUACCCCAGCGCCCCUCCUCUGCCUACCGCGCCAGCAGUGGGGGCCCGGGGGCAAUUCGCUACACCCAGACGCCCCAGAUCAGCCGCAGCCAGUCAGCCGCCUACUACCCUGUCUCUGAGCACGUGCUAGAGCGUGCCAGUGCCAUGCCCCAGUGCCAGCUUGGCUCCCCUGAGAUUCCCCAUAUGGUGAGACGGCCUGUCAGUGCCAAUACUACUGAGAUCAAGCAGCACGUGCCCACUCCCAGGCCUCUCAUUCAUUCUCAAAGUGUGGGCCUACGCUUUUCCCCCUCCAGUAACAACAUCUCAACAGGAUCCACCUGUAAUUUAGCCCCUGGCUUCAGGCCUUCCUCCUCCAUUCAGCAGAUGGAGAUCCCCCUGCAAGCCACCUAUGAACGCCCCUGUGACGACAUCUCUCCUAUUUCUCCCUCCCAAGGUGGCGGCGGGGGCCUGUACCAAGGCGAGACCACCCGCUCUCGGACAACGCCUUUCAUGGGCAUUAUAGACAAGACGGCGCGGACUCAGCAGUACCUGCACCAGCCUUCGCGGUCCUGGGCCAUGACCUCCAUGGACUCAGCCAUUAGCCCAACCUCACCUGGCCAGCUAGUCCAGCAAGGCUCCACCUACAGCCCCCCAACUUCACUCGGCAACAUCGCCUACUACAACAAGACCAACAAUGCCCAAAAUGGACACCUGUUGGAGGAGGACUACUACUCCCAGCCCCAACCCUCCUCGCUAGGCAAGUUAGCCAAUGGCUCCCGCGGUGGAGGAGACAUCCUGGAACGGGUAAGCCAGGUGCCCACCUACCCGGAUGUGAAGGUGGCCAGGACUCUGCCUGUGGCACAGGCCUACCAGGACAACAUGUACCGCCAGCUGUCUCGUGACUCCCGGCCCCAAGGCCCCACCUCCCCCAUCAAACCAAAGAGACCGUUUGUGGAGUCGAAUGUGUGAUGGUCUGUCUGUGGUUGCUGGGUUUGUUGGACUGGGUGUGUUAGUGAGAGGAGAGAAUGUUUAGAGACAUGGCAGAUGCUGCUGACCUUGGUGUAUGUGACAUGGAUGGACUCAUCUUAAGAACUCAUAGAAGACAGAGUGCAAUUCUUCUCACAGUUGACACACACACACACACUGAGGGUAUCUGAAAUACUUAAAUGAUAAAUACUACUAACAAAUGUGAGAAGUGAUUGUUUCAUUAUUAUAUUAUGUGCGCAAAACGUAAGUUACCGACAUGGGAGUCCUGCAUUCUGAUCUCAUACUGAAUCAAAGACCAGUGCACUUCCAUAAGGUUGUGUGCACAAUGUUCCCAUACGUGAAUCCUGUGUGGGACUGUGAGAGUGAAAGUUCUGGUCAUUGAACUCUCUCUGUACUUGUGGACUAUGUAUCCAUCUUCUGUUCUUUCAAAGUGUGCUCUUAACCAAGGUUGCUAGUAGGCUCUACUCUGUGUAAUACAAUAUUAUAUGUUCAAUACUGUAAAUUAGUCAGAAAAUACAAACUGCUCAAUGGCUCAGUACUUAGACAAAAAUGACAAUAUUUAUAAUUAAGUUAUAUAUUGUACAUAGAUAUACAAACAAGCAUAGUUUGCAUUUGAAUUGUAUUCUGUUUAACCCUGCCUUUGUGUCCAACUGUUAGUCAUAUAAAACUAAUGUCAAAAAAAAAAAAAAGGAAAAAAGUUUCAGGACAUAGAAUGAGGGACAUUGCCCAACUUUGAAAGAAAUAAUUACCGCCAUCGUGUCAAAACAAUUUGCUCUGAACAUGGUGUAAUACAAGCCACUAUACACUCUCCAUAUGCAGUAGGUCCUCAUUAAUCUGAACCUCUUUGGGCUGAAGAUACUUUGAACAGGUUAAACUGGAUCAUUUAAAUACGUAGAUAUUCUAUAUCAAGCUUAUUGAAUAUGAAAUGUGGUUUUAGGAGUCUGUAGACCUCUGGGUAUAAGUUACAGCCAAGUUAGUGUUAAAAUGCUUCUGUUGCGUGCAUUAACAAGAAAAUGUCAACUCAUGUUUACUUAAUUAUACAUUUUCACAAACUGGUCAGUUUACAUGACGGAGGUUCAGAUAGCUUGAGGCUUUACUGUAUUUCUUUAUUUGUUUUGCUUUAUUAAGAGAUGUCAUGAUACGCCUUAGUGUGAGGUUAAACUAACUGCCAAGGCUGCAAUCUCUUACACUUUCCCACACCUUGGCAUAGCUUCCAAACGACUUUGAAUACUUCUUGUAAAAAAAAAAAAAAAAAAAGAAGUCAUUAGAUCUACUUUUUUACAAGCUUGUAGGAGUAUAGUAUGCAGAAUUCUCAAAGCUUGUUUCUAGACGAGGGCGAACUUGUAUAAAAAAAAAUCGCUAAAAUUAGGCCAUGAGUGCAAUAUUCUCAUUUUUUUGUGCUUAAUCUUUGGAUACAAAAAUGUCAGUCAGCUUCUGGCUAUGUCAUGCAGGUUUGAUGAGAAACUGAUACUCGCUAAGCGGAUCAUAAUAUAUCCAGAGCUUGGCGAUGUCCCUCCUCUGUACUUGCUGAUGUGUUUCUGAGAGAAAGUAGGAUAUAUAUAUAUAUAUA